GCAUUCCUAUCUUGCCACGUAGCUAAAAUCCGAACCCAGCCCUGAGUGCCACACUUUAGUGAGUGGAGAGAGUGGGAUGGCGAAGGAGGGUGAGGUGGUGUGCGUCACCGGAGCCAGCGGCUGCAUUGGAUCCUGGGUCGUCCGUCUCCUUCUGGACCGUGGCUACACUGUCCACGCCACCGUCCAAGAUCUCAAGAACGAGAGUGAAACGAAGCACCUAGAGGCCCUAGAAGGCGCUGAGACUCGCCUCCGUCUCUUCCAGAUCGAUCUCCUUGAUUACGGCUCCAUCGUCUCCGCCGUCAAUGGCUGCGCCGGAGUCUUCCACGUCGCCUCUCCCAACAUCGUCGAUCAAGUCCCAGAUCCCGAGAAGCAACUUCUGGACCCGGCGAUCAAGGGAACUAUAAAUGUACUGACGGCGGCGAAGGAAGCUGGGGUGAGCCGUGUAGUGCUGACAUCAUCGUUGAUGGCCAUUACUACGAGCCCUAAUUUGCCAGACGACAUUGUCGAGGCUGAGGCUUGCUGGACCGACAUUGAGUACUGCAAGCAGAAGGGAUUAUGGUAUCCAAUUUCUAAAACACUAGCCGAGAAAGCGGCAUGGAAUUUUUCCAAAGAGAAGGGUUUGGAUGUGGUGGUGGUGAACCCUGGGAUGGUGUUGGGCCCUGUUAUUCCUCCAAGACUCAACGCAAGCAUGUUAUUGUUUGGCAGCCUUCUCCAGGGAGGCACUGAAGCAUCUGAGGACCUUUUUAUGGGAUAUGUGCAUUUUAAAGAUGUAGCCCUAGCACAUAUCUUGCUGUAUGAAAACAAAUCAGCAACUGGAAGGCACUUGUGUGUUGAAUCUAUAUCGAAUUAUAGUGAUUUUGUAGCAAAGCUUGCUGAACUUUACCCUGAAUAUAAGGUGCCAAGGUUGCCUAAGCAUACCCAACCUGGGUUGUCGAGGGCGACGCUUGGAUCCAAGAAGCUGAUGGACUUGGGCUUACAAUUCAUUCCCGUGGAGCAAAUUAUCAAGGAAGCUGUUGAAAGUUUAAAGAGCAAGGGAUUCAUUUCUUGACUGCCGCACGCUGCAGCAGGUGCAAUAAACACUUCAAAGGCUCAUCUAGCUGCAAGUACUUGCGAACGCUUAGGACCCAUCUAUCUUGUGCCUGAUGAAGUGGUAAGAACUGUUUGUAGCAUGAAACAGCUAUUGUAUCUUGGGUGUUUGUAGAACUGUUUGAUGGGGGGUUUCUAUUGAAUCUUGGGUUUUAUUGUAUUAUGGGGGAUUACUUUGUAUCUUGGGUGUUGGUUGGGGGGUUCUAUUGGGUUUUAUUUUAUUAUGGGGGUUACUUUGUAUCUUGGGUGUUUGUUGGGGGGUUUCUAUUAUAUCUUGGGUUUCAUGUGAGUUUUGGGUGUUGUGGAUAUGUAGUUUCUUAUGGGUUUUCUUGGGUUUUUCAUGUGGACUAGCUGAGUUGCUCAUGUGUAUACUUCCUGUGUACUUAGGGGCGCCUUACGCUUUUUUAAUGAAAUUUUCUUACUUAUAAAAAAAAAUAAAAAAAAAUGAAACAGCUGCUAAGUAAUUUUCAUAGUAAA